AUGUCUCUUUCCAGCACACCCAUGCCCAGCUCAGCGAGCCAUGAUGUCUUGUUGUUGGAGCAAAAGGAUCUUUGGAUUGGCCAGAUAUUCCCCUUUUUAGGCAUAGGGCACUAUGCCUUUGUAGGUUCUGUCAACAAAAAAAUCAACAAACAUUACAAAGAAUAUUGUGACAGUGUGCCACAGGGAGAUCGUCCAAGGGUUAUGAAACAAUGUCAUGUCGAUGAAGAGGUGCAGGAUCCCUCUCGCCCAGCAACCAGCACAGACACAAUUUACGGUGCGGCAUUCUACAAUGUCUCCUCUGCAGAAUUCUGGCGUGCUGACAGCUCAGAGAGGAAAGCACCAGAUCAUGAUGAUGUUUGCAAUGCCAUUGCCAGUGUUGGGUCUAUUACAGUUCUUCAAUGGGCUCAUGAGCAAGGAUUCCCGUGGGAUAAAAAUGCAUGCUUUCAUGCUGCUGAAGGUGGUCAAUUGGAAACCCUAAAAUGGUUGCGCACGAAUGGAUGUGAAUGGGAUGAAGAUACCUGCCUGGGUGCUGCAUUUAAUGGUCACUUUGAUAUUCUCAAGUGGGCACGAGAGAAUGGGUGCCCUUGGGAUGAGAAUACAUGUGCUUGGGCUGCUAUGAGAGGUCAUUUGGAAAUUCUCAAAUGGGCACAUGAAAAUGGAUGCCCUUGGGAUGCAGAUACAGGCCGUUAUGCUGCUGCAAGUGGUCACUGGGAAAUUCUCAAAUGGACACAUGAGAAUGAAGCCCCCUGGGAUGAGAAUACAUGCACUGUUGCUGUCAUUAAUGGUCACUUUGAAAUUCUCAAAUUAUUGCAUGAAAAUGAAUGCCCUUGGGAUGAAAAUACAUGCAUUGCUGCUGCUCGAUGUGGGCACUGGGAAAUUCUGAAGUGGGCACACCAGAAUGGCUGUCCAUGGGAUGGAAUGACUUGUGCCUAUUCUGCAUCGCAAGGCCAUUUGAACAUUUUGCAAUGGGCCCAUGAGAAUGGAUGCCCUUGGGAUGAAUAUACAUGCAUGUAUGCUGCUGAAACUGGACAGUUACAAGUUCUUCACACAUGA